UUUCUUAUAAAAAACGAGUCUGGAACACCAACAACAACAAAUGUUACCAUUCAUUGCUCAUAAGUUCAAGCGUGAGUGGCGGGGGCAUUUUAAAAGAAGAAAUGGCGCGAAUCAUUGAUGGAAAAGCAAUCGCCAAUGAGGUUAAAGAUUAUUUGAAACUUGAUAUUGAGCAAGUCAGAGAAUCCCAUCCUAAUUUCAAACCUGGUUUGGCAAUUGUACAGGUUGGAGAUAGAGCAGACUCCAAUGUUUAUGUCAAUACAAAAUGUAAAACUGCAAGAGAGAUUGGAAUGGAGGCAAGACAUGUCAAGUUACCAAAAACUGUAACCCAAGCAGAGGUGAUUGAAGCUAUAACAAAUUUGAAUAACGACCCAAAAAUACAUGGUAUUAUUGUUCAGCUGCCACUUGACUGUGUUGAAAAAAUUGAUGCAGACUUGUGUACGAAUACAGUUUUGCCAGAAAAAGAUGUUGAUGGGCUCCAUGACAUCAAUGCUGGUAGGCUUGCUAGAGGACAACUUAAUAACUGCUUCAUACCAUGCACUCCAAGAGGAUGUUUGAAACUGAUUGAAAAAACUGGUGUCAAUGUCAAAGGAAAAAAUGCUGUUGUGAUUGGACGGAGCAAAAUUGUGGGUUCUCCAAUGUCAAAUCUUCUCACAUGGAACCAUGCAACUGUUACAAUUUGUCACUCAAAAACACAAGAUCUUCCUAGUAUUGCACGACAAGCUGACAUUUUGGUAGUUGCCUGUGGCCAGCAAGAACUUGUCCAGGGAGACUGGAUCAAAGAGGGAGCAGUUGUUAUAGAUUGUGGUAUCAAUGUCAUACCAGAUGAAACAAAGAAAAGUGGAAAGCGCUUGGUGGGUGAUGUUAAUUUUUGGGAAGCAAAUAAGAAGGCUGCAUGGAUAACUCCAGUGCCUGGAGGUGUUGGUCCAAUGACUGUCACUAUGUUGCUACAGAACACCAUAGAAAGUGCAAAGAACAGGCUGGAGGGUUGCCUUGGAGAUGACUGGGAUUUGAAAACCCUCCAUUUGGAACUACAGAGGCCUGUCCCUAGUGACAUAAAGAUAUCAAGAUCUCAAAAGCCAAAACAUGUCAGUCAACUUGCUGAAGAGUUGCGACUGUUACCAGAAGAAAUUGAUUUCUAUGGUAAAACAAAAGCCAAGGUGUCACUCAGCGUUUUGGAAAGGCUGAAAGAAAGGCCUGAUGGGAAAUAUGUUGUUGUUGCAGGCAUAACUCCCACACCUCUUGGCGAAGGUAAAAGUACAACAACUGUUGGGUUAUCACAGGCUUUUGGUGCUAACCUCAAGAAAAACAUCUUUGCUUGCCUAAGGCAGCCGUCUCAAGGACCAACGUUUGGAAUCAAAGGUGGAGCCGCUGGGGGUGGCUAUUCGCAAGUUAUUCCAAUGGAAGAGUUCAAUCUGCACUUAACGGGAGAUAUCCACGCCAUUACUGCAGCAAAUAACCUACUGGCUGCUGCUAUCGAUGCGAGGAUCUUUCACGAAUCGACUCAGUCUGACCAGGCAUUGUGGAAUCGACUGGUCCCUGAAAAGAACGGAAAGCGCAGUUUUGCUCCCGUCAUGCAUCAGAGACUCAAGAAACUUGGAAUAGAUAAAACGGACCCAAACGAAUUGACGAAAGAGGAAAUUUCAAAGUUCGUACGGCUUGAUUUUGAUCAAAGCACGAUCACAUGGCAAAGAGUGAUUGAUACGAAUGAUCGGUUUCUCAGGAAGAUUACCAUAGGACAAUCUCCAACCGAAAAAGGAAAAACAAGAGAGUGUCAAUUCGACAUUACUGUCGCGAGUGAAAUAAUGGCCAUUCUUGCGCUGACAACCGAUCUUAAAGACAUGAGACAAAGACUGGGUCAUAUUGUUGUCGCUAGUAGCAAGGAUGGCUCUCCCAUCACAGCAGAUGAUCUUGGUAUUGGGGGUGCAUUGACUGUGCUCAUGAAGGAUGCAAUUCGACCGAACCUCAUGCAGACGCUGGAGGGUACUCCAGUCUUUGUGCAUGCUGGUCCGUUUGCGAAUAUUGCUCACGGAAAUUCUUCAAUUCUCGCCGACAAAAUUGCCCUCAAGUUAGUGGGAGAAGAUGGAUUUGUAGUGACUGAAUGUGGAUUUGGUGCAGAUAUUGGGAUGGAAAAGUUUUUCAAUAUCAAGUGCCGUUAUAGUGGUUUGCUGCCUAACUGUGCAGUAAUCGUGGCCACCGUUAGAGCAUUGAAAAUGCAUGGAGGAGGACCAAAGGUUAUUGCCGGUCAGCCGUUGGCGUCAUCUUACACCAGCGAGGAUAUCGAGCUUGUCCGUUCGGGUUUUUGCAAUCUGAAGAAGCAGAUAGAAAAUUCACAUCUGUUUGGGGUACCCGUUGUAGUAGCAGUUAAUCGAUUUGAGACGGAUACAGACGCUGAAAUUGAGCUUAUUCAAAAAUUAAGCAAAGAGGCUGGAGCAUUUGACGCAGUAUCUUGCACUCACUGGGCUGAUGGAGGUGCUGGUGCCGUUAAUUUGGCGAAAGCUGUUGAAGCUGCUUCUAAAGAGAAGAGUAAUUUUUCAUUUCUUUAUGACGUCAAACUCCCCAUCGAAGAAAAGAUUGAAAUUAUUGCAAAGAAAAUUUAUGGUGCAGAUGGAAUAGAUCUUGGGGAAGAAGCAAAACAGCGAAUCGAAAGAUACAAGACACAGGGCUUCAAUGAUCUGCCAAUUUGCAUGGCAAAGACCCAUCUUUCAUUAUCACACAAUCCUGAAUUGAAAGGCGUUCCUACAGGUUUUGUUCUGCCAAUUAGGGAUGUCCGAGCAAGCGUUGGUGCAGGGUUCCUUUAUCCACUGGUUGGAACAAUGAGUACCAUGCCAGGGUUGCCAACACGGCCUUGCUUUUUUGACAUCGACAUUGAUCCGGAGACUGAAGAGGUGUUCGGACUCAUGUAGUGUCAUUAUUGGUUGACACCUGUCCUUACUAAUGUCAUUCUGAUUUUGUUUUGUAGUUUUUAGUGUAUGAUUUAGGAUGUGAUUAGGGUAAACAGUUUUGAGUUAAUGUAAAAGGGUUGUGUAAGAAGUCUGAAUUCUAAGGAAUGACCGUGAUUGUAAAUGAUUGAUAAUGAAUUUUUAAUCAGUCGGGACCGGAAAAUACAUGCUUGGUCCUGUUGCCUCUUUUUAACUGUCAUAUAAUCAGCAACGUUUUUAUUGUUAAUGCAUGUAAUGCUACGUAUUGCUUGAUCCGCCCUCGUAAUUGCUUUUCAGAUAAAAUCCUUUUAAGUAUUCUUAGAACAUCUAAAUAUAACCAAUCUGUGCGUGUAUUACCCACUUCAAAUUUACUACUUGUUGCUCCGCCUUUCUUAAUUCUGUAGAACGCAUAACAAAGUAUAUCGUUCGUACAACAUAGAUUACGUCAUGAAUUUCUACGUCAUGUUAGUUUUCUUUAUUAUCGACAGUCCAUUUCCAUGCGUUUUAGCUGUAUGGGCCAACCCAACCACAUCCAAGCAUCACGCAGAAAUGAUUUAGAAGAUGUUUUAGACGAUGGCUUGCCCAAAUUACUUGCUUGCACAAAAAACACCCAUAAUUAUCUGUGCGUCUUCUUGAUAACAACCAAUCAAAAGCUAUUUUUAUCAUCAACAAGUUGAUCUCACGCUCUCACACUACCUCCCUAAACUCUUGUUCAUCGGCCUUGUGACUUAUCGAUUUUUUAACAAAUACGGGCAUUGUUCCCAGGAUAAACAAGAGACGCCAGAAACCCUCCCCGUGCUUACCCUCUUCUUGCAUCCCGGGGUCUAACUUGAUCUCACUUCCCCCUCUUCUUAGUGUAUCGGAUCUUUCCCUGAGCACAAAAAGAAAUCGGUUCUUAAUCCCAUAAACAACAUGAAAUAUUACAAAGAAAAUUUCACUGAUUUACAAAUUUUAGUGAAUAAGACCAGGGACGUCGGAACAACCAAGCGGCAAGGGGGCAGGCUUGAGUAAAAGGGCAUUUGAAAGAUAAUUCUAAGCUUCUACAAAUUUCUACGCAACUGCCUUUUUAUUUCUAUCUUCUAUAGGUAUAUUCAGCGCUGGGAGUGGCGGAAAUUCAGGAUUUCAUUUAGGGCGGGGGGGGGGCAGGCUUACGAUAUUCCGACAAGAUAACAUCGUGGACCAUGUCUAAUUUUAAAGAAACUGCACAUUUUGAUAUAAAUAUUUGAUUUUUGAUGGGACUCUUUAGAAAUCUUUGCUGACCACGCCAUAAUUAGUUAGCAAGAAGAACAACCCUUUUAUGAUCUUUGAUAUCAAGAUCGAUAUUCCAUCAAAGAUAAGACAAUUGAUGAUACAAGAGGUAGACCGAUUACACUCUUGACAAGUCGUACGUUAAUUUGCUGCAUUUUAUCUUGUUUUCGUCA